GACUGCGCAUUCUCUUGUCGUUUAGCCUAGACAGUGAUACCAAGAGAAGUUUACUAAGGCUGGAAAUACCUAUUUGUUUUGUUAAUUUGACUCUACAAAUGAGAGUGCCAGAGAAUGUUUUGUUGUUCUUUCAUAUCCCCAUAGCAGUAACCGCGAGGACCAAUGGGGAUUGCUGUAUUUAUGCUCCUGAUUCUUCGGCAUUGGAUCAACAACGUGGAGGGAACAUGUUCGGUUGGCAGCGCAGUGACUUGUGACGAGUGUCUCCAGCUGGGUCCCCACUGUGCAUGGUGCACACAAGAGAAUUUCACAGACUCGUUUUUAAUUAGUGAGCGAUGUGACACGCCGGACGUCCUCCUAGGGAGAGGCUGUCCCCAGGACCAGGUGGAAUUUCCUGUGACCAACUCCGAGGUCCUCCGGGACCAGCCUCUCGGGAAGAAGACGGGGAAUACCAACAGCACCCAGAUUUCACCACAGAAGAUGGCCCUCAAACUCAGAACUGGCAGUGAGGUGACCUUCCAGAUCAGUGUGCAGCAGACAGAGGACUACCCUGUAGACAUCUACUACCUGAUGGACCUCUCAGCCUCCAUGAUUGACGACCUGGAGAUGAUUAAAGACUUGGGCUCCACCCUGUCCAAAGAGAUGGCAAAGCUCACCAGUAAAUUCAGACUUGGAUUCGGGUCCUUCGUUGAGAAACCAGUCCUCCCGUUCAUUAAGAUCACUCCUGGAGAGCUGGAGAACCCUUGUAGGAGUGUGGAUGAGAGCUGUCUGCCAACGUUUGGAUACAAACACAUCCUACCUCUCACCAGCAGCACAGAGAAGUUCAACAAUAUCAUCACCAACCAGCGUGUGUCUGCCAACAUCGACCUGCCGGAGUGUGGCUUCGAUGCCAUUAUGCAGGCUGCUGUCUGUGGGGACAAGAUAGGCUGGAGGAACGACUCCAUGCGUCUGCUGGUGUUUGUGAGCGACGCCGACUCUCACUUUGGGAUGGACAGCAAGAUGUCAGGCAUCGUUGUCCCUAACGACGGGGAGUGCCAUCUGGACAGCAACAAUGAAUACUCUAUGGCUGCCCAUCUCGAAUACCCAACUCUGGGACAGCUGAUGGAUAAACUGGUGGACAACAAUAUCCUGCUUAUAUUCGCUGUGACGGAAAAUCAGAAACACAACUACGAGAACUAUGCAAGUUUCAUACCUGGUGCCACGGUGGGGGUUCUGGAAUCAGAUUCAAGGAACAUCCUGGAACUGAUUGUGACGGCGUAUAAAGAGCUGCGGUCUGAGAUAGAGCUGGAGGUACUAGGAGACACGGAGGAUCUACAGAUCUCCUUCACAGCGAUCUGUCAGGAUGGGACGGUACUACCUGGACAGAAACGAUGCUCCAACGUCAAAGCUGGAGACACGGUCUCCUUCAACGUGACUGUAGAACUCUCUGAGUGUCUCGACGGUCCCCAGCGUUUCCUCAUCAAACCGGUGGGCUUUCAGGACCCCCUGGAGAUAGACCUGGAGUCCCUGUGCUCCUGUGCCUGUCAGCAGACCCCCGAGCCCAACAGCAGCCACUGCAGUCUGGGCCGGGGAUCUCUGGAGUGUGGCUCCUGUCUGUGUGAUCCCGGGUACAUGGGUUCCAAGUGUGAGUGUACGGAGGAGAGCGUCCAGAGCAGUAACUGCAAGGAAAGUGGCGCUCUGGAGUCCUGUGGCGGGCAAGGGGAGUGUUACUGCGGCCAGUGUGUGUGUCACCCGUCUAGUUUCGGACGCGUCUACGGGGCCUACUGCGAGUGUGACGACUUCUCGUGUGUGAGGUUCCGAGGGGUCCUCUGUGGAGGUCACGGGGACUGUGACUGCGGCGAGUGUGUGUGUCAGAGCGGCUGGACGGGGGAGUACUGUAACUGCAGCAGCAGCAGGGACACGUGUGUGUCGGAGGACGGAGCGCUGUGCAGCGGACGGGGGAAGUGUGUGUGCGGGAAGUGUGUGUGUUCCAUGCCCGGAGCCUCUGGAGACACCUGUGAAAAGUGCCCUACCUGUGGAGACUCCUGUAGCUCUGCUAGGACCUGUGUGGAGUGUCAUCUACAAGCAGAAGACGAGGCCACAGAGGAGUGUGUCCAAAGGUGCAGCAUCCCUCACGUCUUCGUCAACAAUUCCACAGAAUACGAUGAGAGCCGGUCCACGCUGUGUACCCUAAAGAGUGAGAACAACUGCUUCAUCUCUUUCAGUGUGGUGGCUGAAGACGCAGGGAGUACUGUGUAUAAUCUAAAGAUGUACGACUGUCCUGAGCCCCCCAACAUAGCUAUGAUUGUACUGGGGGUCUCUCUGUCCAUCCUCACCAUCGGCCUCAUCCUGCUGGGGGUGUGGAAGCUGUUGAUCUCAGUCCACGACCGCAAUGAGGUCGCCAAGUUUGAGGCCGAGAGGGCAAAGGCUAAAUGGCAGUCGGGUACAAACCCUCUGUUUAGAAGCUCGACAUCAACGUUUAAAAAUGUAACUUAUAAAAGUGCAGGGGGACCGAAAGUUGAUAUUCAUUCAAUGGAUGGCUGCUGAUGGUGACAUCAGUGUGUGUGUGUGUGUGCGUGUGCAUGUGUGUGUGUGGUGUAAGGACAAAUUGUAAACACCUGUGUGGCUCAGUGUGGCUCAGUCGGUAGAGCAUGGCGCUUGCAACGCCAAGCGUCGUGGGUUCGAUUCCCGCUGGGGCCACCCAUAUGUAAAAAGUAGUGGCCCCAGCCGACUUGUAAGUCGCUUUGGACAAAAGCGUCUGCUAAAUGGGAUAUAUUAUUAUAUUAUUAUAUAUUAAACACCACAAUGUACAACAUUGUAUCACUCCAAAAGGUCUGGAUCUUCUUCAGGGAUGCUAUCUCAUAUCAGCAGACAGAAAAUAGAAUGUCUAGCUAUGAAUCAUCUCUAAAUGAAUGACUUUGAUUUUGCUGCUCUCUGGUACAAACACUCUGCUGAACUGAACACUGGAUUUUCCCAUUUAGAUUGUUACAGAUUUAGGAUCUUAAUUUGAUCACCCCGUUGCAGGAGAACUUUCCUGCAAUGCAGGAAAUGUCAGAAUUGUUGUGUAUUUGAGGUUUAAAAAGGUUUCUGAAGUUUGUAAUUUCCGCUUUGAAAUUUCAGACUUGAUUUUCCCCUACAAAAAAUAUGUAAACCUCUACAACAAUAUCCAUGUGUAAUUCACAUAAUUAUUUACAUUUCUGGUUUCUGCAGGAUUAUUUUCCUGCUGUAGCAAACUGGCUCAAAUUAUGAUUCUACAUCUUUACUUUUUUUUGAUAGAUUUUGGUUUGGGACAAAGGAAGCCUAAACCUGAGAACAAACUGAGUAGGCUUGAUACUACUGCAAUAAUGUUUCAUGUUUUUUGUGUUAUAAAAGUUUUGUUUGGGGUUUUGAAUCGAGGCUGAGCCUUGAAUGAUGUAAUCUUGAUUGGAAUCAUUUUGAGGAGAAUAAUGGAUUAACUUCAAUGUAAGGCGCAAAAAUAAAGUUGAACUUUUGAGUUGUUGCCACUUCA